GCCUUCGCCUCUGAAUAUUAGGGCUUAGGGUUUAACCAAGCUGCAGGUUGUGGAUACUCGCUGCGAGUGAGUGAGAGAGAGGGGAUUUUCUUCAUUGUGAUUUAGCUAUGGCGCGUACGAAGAAGAAGGGAAAGCGCGGCAAUAAGAAGCCCAACAAGCAGGCAAGUGAGUAUGGCGCGGAGGUGGAGAUGGAGGACGCCGAGGGGAACGGUGCCAGUGCCAGCGCUCCACCACAACCCACCAAGGUUUGGGUGCCGGGAGUCGACGAGAUUGGAGAUGACGAAGAAUUGCAAUUCGACCCGACGGCUUACCACUGUUUGCAUUCUUUCAAGCUUGGAUGGCCGUGUCUCAGCUUUGAUAUAAUGCGUGAUGACUUGGGGGUCCUGCGGAGAGAUUUUCCUCACGCUAUGUAUUGUGUCGCUGGCACACAGGCCGAUCAACCCGGCAGCAAUUCGAUUGCUGUUGUGCACAUGACGAAUGUAACAGGAAAAAUCCCGAAAGCGCCGUCUGCAAUGGAGGAUGGAGAUGAUGAUGCUGAUGAUAGUGACAGCAGUAGUGAUGAGGAAGAUAUCGAAGAUUUAGAGGGGGCUCCUAAUCAGCCAAUUCAGUCCAAGAAACCAAUUUUUAAGGUGCGACUAGUGGCUCAUCAGGGUUGUGUCAAUAGAGUUAGGGCUAUGACUCAACAAUCUCAUAUCGUUGCCACGUGGGGUGAUUCAGGGUAUGUUCAGGUAUGGGACAUGGGAAAUCAUAUUCGAUCAAUGGCAACUAGUGGACCUGAUCCUUCUGGCGCACCCACCACAGUACGUCAAGCUCCUCUACAUAUUUUUACUGGCCAUAAAGAUGAGGGCUAUGCUCUUGACUGGAGUCCAAUUACUGCAGGCCGUCUUCUUUCUGGGGACUGUAAGAGUAAUAUCCAUUUGUGGGAGCCUACCCCGGGAGGGAAGUGGGCGGUUGAAAAGACUCCAUACACGGGUCACUCUGCUAGCGUUGAGGAUCUGCAGUGGAGUCCAACAGAAGCGGAUGUUUUUGCCUCUUGUUCGGUGGACGGAACCUUAAGAAUCUGGGAUACACGUAAUCGUCAAGGGUCAGCAAUCUCGAUCAAGGCUCAUGAUGCGGAUAUCAAUGUUAUAUCUUGGAACAGGGUAGCAAGUUGCAUGAUUGCCUCAGGUUGCGAUGAUGGCACCUUCCGGAUAUGGGAUUUGAGAAACCUGAAGGAGGAUUCAUUUGUGGCACAUUUCAAGUACCACACGCUUCCUGUAACAUCUAUCGAGUGGAGCCCUCACGAUGCAUCCACGCUUGGUGUUACUUCGGCUGAUCACCAAUUGACAAUUUGGGACCUCUCACUAGAAAGAGAUGCUGAAGAAGAGGCUUUAUAUCAAGCUCAACUGAAACAACAGCAAGCAGAGGCUCCUCAAGAUUUACCCCCUCAACUGCUAUUCGUACACCAGGGGCAAAAAGAUCUCAAAGAGUUCCAUUGGCACCCUCAAAUACAAGGGAUGUUGAUGUCAACAGCAGGAGAUGGAUUUAAUAUCUUGAGGCCAUCCAACCUUGACAAUUUACCAGCUCUUUAAUUCAUGUGAACUUACGUUUGUUCUGCCAAUGUAAAACUGGCUCAAUGUAUGAAGCCGUGGUUACCUUCUCUGUGAGCAAGAAUUUCCACUUGACCGGAUAUGCUUUUGUGAAAGAGGGUUUUCUUCAAAAAGUCGUUCCCAACUUUUGGAUA